GAUUCUAAAACAUUUUUCAAAAUUUCAGGUACAAGAUGCUAUCAGACAGAUUUUUUGUAUCAUGUAGAGCACUUGCAACUUGUGCAAGAUUGCAUGCAUUACCUAAAGAAGCAACCACUUUCAAAGAAGUCAAAAUUAUUAGGAAAGAACCUGCCAAAGAAACUCCUCCUCCUCCCAAAACUUUUCUAAGUCUUCUCAGGAACUCCAAGUUUAUUGAGUUGGGAGACCCUCGGGGCAAGUUGGUGGAGGGACGUGUGAUGCAAGUUGUGGGUGAUGACCUCUACAUUGACUGGGGGGGCAAGUUCCUAGCCGUGUGUCAGCGACCCAUCAAAAAUCAAGAGAAGUUCAUACGUGGAGCCGUGGUGAGAAUACGUCUGCUAGACGCUGAGCUGUCGUCACGUUUCCUGGGCUCGACCAUAGACCUGACCUUACUGGAGGCUGAUGCUAAGCUUCUCGGUCUCGUCUCCUCUCCUCUCGGCCGCAGUUCCAAGCAUUAACAGUGCUUUUAUUCUAAAUUUAUUGUUUAUUUACCUGAUCAAUAACAGUGUUUUUUGUUCUUAAUUUAUUGCUAAUUUACCUGAUCAAUAGCUCCCAAAAUAAAUUUCCCAUAGGUGGUGGUAUAAACAUUUUUCAAGGGUAAUGAAUGUGACAGGAGAAAGUUAAUGACGGCCUUAGUAUUUAAUGCGAAGUUGGCGGAGGAGCGAGGGAAGUAACCAGCAAUUCAUCAGAGCGUUGAAAUGUUUUUUUUUUCGGGCAGCUGGCACGGAAAUAGCAUGAAUCAUUGACGUUGUAUAAACAUAAUUGAACGUCUGUGUUUAGAAAUCCUUGACAGAGUGAUGGGCUACAUGCCCUACCGAUAUGUUCACAUGCUAUCUAAAUAAAGAACCAAGUUUGAAUAAACUGACUCCACUGUAA